UUAAAAUUUUUCUGAGGGUGUCGGUAUAAUUUUUUUCGAAUAAUUUCCUUUUUUGGACAAAGAAAUAUCUAACGCCCAACGUUCAAUGGAAAAAUUCAUAUUGCUCUAUUUCGGGAUACGUAAUGCAAAGUAGACGACCUUCCCACGGCUCCGACAAGGAAGUAAAUAAAGAAAAUAAAGAAUUAAAAUGCCGCCGCUUCGUGAUAUUAAUUCGUAUUUCACUAUCUGACAAUAAUGUACGGAAGGUCAUCCGGUGAAGGGUGUGGAUGACCUCAACCGGACAAGUUUCUUGGAAUGUCAAACCUUAUGUUCCAUCAAGGUUAAUUGAUUCCGAUAAUUGUAUAAAAGAAGCGAGAACCGCUUUCGGAUCAUCGUUCAGAUUCGAACUAUCAAUACAACAACACCAAUAACCAUGAAGGCAAUGAUCGCAGCUCUCCUCUUCGCCCUGGUGGCCACCACUUAUGCCGGAUACCUCGGAGGACUCGGCUAUGGAGCCUAUGGUGCCUAUGGCCUCGGAGGUUUUGGAGGAUUCCCCGUAGGACGUGCUGUUGCCUACAGUACAACCGUCCGUCACCCAGGUUACGGCUAUGGUCUUGGCUAUGGCUAUGGACUCGGUCUUGGCUAUGGAUUAGGUUAUGGUUAUGGCGGACUCGGAUAUGGUGGCUAUGGUGCCUAUGGUCUCGGUCUUGGCCUCGGUCACGGAAAAAUCUGGUAAAUUCUUGAAAUGCUUUCCUCCCGGACUUAAACGAUUCGAAUGUACAUAAAGCUAAAUAGUAAAAUAAAUAAAAAAUUUUCG